AUGGUUUACAAACAGCUUAACUCAUCGCUUUUCCUUACCCCAAAGCUUCUUUAUGUUGCAGUGAACGUAGAGUAUUUCCUGUUCUACAAUCUGCGCCAGAACUUUUUGACGUCCAAAGGAGUAAAGGACGGGCUACAAACACUCACGCUUGUUUUUAUGCUUCUUAGCACGUUUUUCAGCAACAUGGGGAUAGCAUACAUUUCAGAUAAGCUGCAGAGGCCUAAGAGUAUUCUUAUGUUCUGUCUGUUUUUCUCGUCUUUGCUGUUCCAAGUGCUGCUUCUCCCAAUUCCCCCAGUUUGUGUGUCUAUUGCAUUCAUUAUGUACUCCAUGUUCAUCCUCUCAACACUGCCCCUCCUGGACAGAAUCGUGCUGGAGUAUCUACAGAAAGUCAUGCAGGCGCCGGCGUCUCUGUACGGAAGACAGCGCAUGUUUGGAACGCUCACGUACUGCAUCAUAAACUAUCUGGUCGAGUUUCUUGUGUUCCCAAGAGGCACAAAAAACAGCCAGACGGGAAACUACUCGAGUCUGUGCAUCCCAUACAUUGUAUGCGCGGCUAUAGCCGGCGGGCUUGUGUAUCUUCUGGCGCCCGCUGAUAGAGUCAGAAGAACAACAUCGUCUGCAUCAAGGACUCGCAAUCCGCCGCAGUUUACAAAAGUGCUGAAAAAUCCAGCAUACAUGUUCUUUUUGCUGAUUAUACUUAUGAACGGGGUAACCAGAGGAGUUAUGAGCAUGUAUCUAAGUAGCUACUACAAAAACAUUCUCGACUUCAACAAUUUCAAGCCGCCCACAUCGUUGCCGUUGUACAUGCAGUCAGCCCUGGACGUGUUUUAUGCCAACCCCAUGGCUACAUGCAGCAUGUUUGGAAUCAUUUUGGAAAUAGCAAUAUUCUUUUUGUCCAAGCCGCUAUUAGGCAUGUUUGGGCUGUACUGGUCGUUCUUGUUUUCGCAGACCGCGCAAGGCCUGCGGUUUGUUCUCUACACGUACGUUACAGAAAAAGACCCGUACAGGUUUGAAAAGUGCUGCGCAAUAGAGCUCCUAAAGGGAGUCAACUUUGGACUUACCCAUCUUUCAGGCGUGCAGCUGGCGGUGCUUCUUGUGCCCAGCAACCUGAAGUCUACCAGCCAAAUGAUAUACACGGGGACCUUUGUGUGCCUGGGGACAGUGGCAGGAGUUAUAGCAGGAUACUUCCUGAAAAUAGACACAUUUGAAGGCAACCAGAGCAUGUUCACCGCAUGCGCCUUGCUUUCGCUAGCAGCAGUUGUGCUCAUCAUACUUAAGUACGGAAUUUUAGAUGGGAAGCUGUGGGGCCGUAGAGCCACUGAAAUACCGCAGGCUCCAAUUUCAGCCCAGACAACACACACGACCUUGUCCGGGAAAGACAUAGAAAAAGGUACGCCAUUGUCUGCAAAAUAG